AUGGCUGCCCAAGAUGAACUCAAUCAACUGGAACGCGUGUUCCUUCGCUUGGGCCAUGCAGAGACAGAUGAGCAACUGCAGGACAUCAUAUCUAAGUUCUUACCCCCUGUGCUCCUCAAACUCUCCAGUGUUCAAGAGGGUGUGCGGAAAAAGGUGAUGGAGUUGCUGGUCCACCUGAACAAGAGGAUAAAGAGCCGACCUAAGAUCCAGUUACCAGUAGAAACUCUGCUGGUGCAGUACCAGGAUCCUGCAGCCGCGUCCUUUGUUACGAAUUUCACCAUCAUCUACAUCAAAAUGGGCUACCCUCGUCUGGAGGUAGGAAAACAGUGCGAGUUGGCCCCGACCCUACUCACUGCCAUGGAGGGCAAGCCGCAGCCACAGCAGGACAGCCUGAUGCAUCUGCUGAUCCCUACUCUCUAUCAUAUGAAGUACCCUGCUGACGCCUCCAAAAAUGCUUCCCCGUUUAUCCUAAUAGAGAGGCCAAAGACAGUGCAGCUGCUCUUGGAGUUCAUGUUAGAUGUCCUACUGAUGCCCUACGGGUUUGUGCUGAAUGAAUCCCCCACCCGCCCUGCUCCCUCCUCUCUUCAGGGAGGCUCUGGGGCUGGGACAGUGGCAGCAUCCGGCCAGGGUCUCCCCCAGCCUCCCCCAGGGAUGAGUGUGUAUGCUGCAAAGAGGGUGAUUGGGGAGGCUCAGUGGAGCGCUGAACAGCUAGAACAGUGUAAGUUGGGCAUUGUGAAGUUCAUUGAGGCACAGCAAGUCCCAGAGGUGGAGACGGUGGUGCACCUGGUAGUGGCAUCCAGUGAUACCCGACACAGCGUAGCCACCGCGGCCGAUCUAGAGCUGAAGAGCAAACAGAGCAUCAUUGAUUGGAACAAUCCUCUGAUCAUCAACAAGAUGUACAAGGUGUACCUGGGGGACAUUCCUCUUAAAACGAAGGGAGUCACAGUAAAACAAGAGCUUAAGCACGAGCCAGUGAGCACUAGAGUCAAACUGAAGAUCCUGCCACACCUUCUACGAUCACGCCUCGCUGCAGAGUGCUUUCCUGCUAAUAUCCAGGUUGUGUAUGAUGGUCUGUUUGGAGCCAACACCAACAACAAACUGCUGUCUCUCACUUUGCAGUUUGUCCAUCACAUCUGCAUGGUAUGUCCUGACACCAAUAAACCUCUGGGGCUAAUGCUGCUCAACGGUCUUACCAAGCUCAUCAAUGAAUACAAGGAGGAUCCUAAGUUGCUAUGUGUUGCAUACUCAGCUGUGGGGAAGUUAUCCAGCCGCAUGCCACAACUAUUCACAAAGGACAUAGCAUUGGUACAGCAGUUUUUUGAGUCCAUGUGCAAGGAGGAGGCUGACGUUCGUCUGGCCAUUCAAGAGGCUUUGUCUAUGAUGGUAGGAGCCUAUGCCAACCUACAAGGUGCACUCCUCAACCUGAUGGAGGCCCUGGUGGCAGCAUAUAUAGGAAAGCCGGAGGUACAGGUUCGUCAGGUGGCCAUGAAAUUUGCCAGCACAGUAUUUGCCCCUGAUCACGUGCCCUCAAGAUACCUGCUGCUAUUGGCUGCUGGAGACCCGAGGGAAGAGGUGUGUGGGGAGGCCCAGAGGGUGCUGAGGGCUUUCCCUACCAAGAGCUCAGAGAAGGAAGGAUCAAAACCAAUGCCCUCCUUUCCUGACAUGGUGGUCUACAUCCAGGAGAAGGCAGCUCAGAGGAUGAAGACUCCAGCCAAGUACAUUGUUGGAACUUCAGCUCUUCCUUUCAACCCGUCUGCAUAUGGAGAGAUUGUGCUCUACCUGAGGAUGUGUCUAGCCCACAGUGCAGGGGCGAUGCCCAUGUCCAAGAGCCUGGCAGACAUGCAGGAUGAUGCGCCAGCCAUCGGCCGCUAUGUCCACACACUGCUGAACUCUGACUCUCAACCUUCAGGGUCAAAGGGUAGCGAUGCCAAUCCUGUGCAUGUCUACAUGGACCUGCUGCAGCAGCUGCUCUCUGCUGUCGGAGGAAUCCCAGUCAUGUACUGUCUUCUGGAAGUGGUAUCUGUUUGCCCAGAGAAACUAGCUCCCAGAUUUGUUGACAAAAUUGACUGGAUUAAGAGUCUGAUGAACACAAACAAGGAAGACAUGAGGGAACUAGCAGCGCAGCUGUAUGCUGUGGUGGUUUCCACCAUGUCUGGCAAUGAGCUGAAGACUGCUGUCCAGAACCUUGUCAAAAUCACCAAAGACAACCAUAGCCCUGAGACCCAGCAUGGUGCCAUUUUGGCUCUGGGCUAUAUGGUGGGAAGGUACAUGUGCAAGAGGAAAGCUGUCACCUCUAGUGAUACUGCCCACAACCUGGAGCAACAAAUGAGCACCAAGCCCCAGGAGGAUGAUGAACUUGUUGCCAUGGCCACCAAGACAGUUGGUUCCUUCCUGGAUAGCAGUAGUGCAUUGCUCGCGGUAGCAGCAUGUACAGCUCUGGGAGAAAUUGGACGAAAUGGGACCCUGCUGAUCCCUGCAGAAGGUGAGGGCUUCACCAAACUGUCCACUGUGGAGAACCUGCUGGCUCGCAUCCCUUCUGGCAAGGAGAGCACCAAGAUGAAGGAGCGAUCAAUCCAGACCUUGGGCUACCUGCCAGUGGGCGAUGGGGACUUCCCUCACCAGAAGAAACUGCUGCAGGGACUCAUGGACUCUGUGGAGGCCAAGCAGGUGGAGCUGCAGUUCACAGUAGGAGAGGCCAUCACCAGUGCUGCCAUAGGCACCGUCUCUGGAGCCGCCAGAGACCCAUGGACCUGCACUGAGGAUCAGUUCAGCCCACCAUACAAUAUAAAAAACAAUGACGUCGUUCCCUGGGUCCUCAAUGCUAUCCUGUCCAAGUACAUACCCAGCCAGAACCCACACGUCCGACAGGCAGCCUGCAUCUGGCUCCUCUCCUUGGUCAAGAAAAUCGGCCAGCACAAGGAAAUCAAGUCUCACCUGAAAGAGAUUCAGACAGCGUUCAUCUCCAUUCUCUCAGACCCUGAUGAGUUGAGUCAAGAUGUGGCAUCAAAAGGCCUCGGCCUGGUCUAUGAGAUGGGAGGAGAGAGUGAUCAGCAAGAACUGGUGUCCACCCUGGUGGAGACACUGAUGACUGGAAAAAGAGUGAAGCAUGCUGUCUCAGAAGACACACAAGUGUUCCAACCAGAUACUUUGGGGAAAGCACCUGAUGGCCAUGGACUGUCCACAUACAAGGAGCUGUGCUCAUUAGCCAGUGACCUGAACCAACCAGAUCUCGUCUACAAGUUUAUGAACCUGGCCAAUCACCACGCCAUGUGGAACUCCCGCAAGGGAGCAGCUUUUGGGUUCCACAUCAUAGCAGCCAAGGCCGGGGAGCAGCUGGCUCCAUACCUUCCCCAGCUCGUGCCCCGUCUCUACCGCUACCAGUUUGACCCCAACUUGGGCAUUCGUCAGGCCAUGACCAGCAUCUGGGACGCCCUGGUCACUGACAAGACCCUGGUGGAUAAGUAUCUUAAGGAGAUCCUGCAGGAUGUCAUCUCCAACUUGACCAGUAACACCUGGAGAGUGCGAGAAUCCAGCUGCCUGGCGCUGAAUGACUUGAUCCGUGGUCGCCAGGCUGAUGACCUCAUCGACCACUUGGCAGAAAUGUGGGAGACACUAUUCAGAGUCCUCGAUGACAUCAAGGAAUCUGUGAGGAAGGCUGCAGACCUGACACUGAAAACGCUCAGCAAGGUGUGUACUCGUAUGUGUGAGUCUACAGGCACUGCAGCCCAGAGAACUGUAGCGGUACUCUUACCAACCCUGCUGGACAAAGGCAUCGUUAGCAAUGUGUCAGAGGUCCGCUCACUCAGUAUCCAGACUCUGGUGAAGGUUAGUAAGACAGCGGGUGCCAGACUGAAGCCUCACGCCUCGCGGCUCAUUCCUGCCCUGCUGGAGGCCCUGAGCACCCUGGAACCUCAGGUCCUCAACUACCUCAGUCUUAGAGCGACAGAGCAGGAAAAGAGUGCAAUGGACGCUGCCAGGCUGAGUGCUGCUAAGUCGUCCCCCAUGAUGGAGACUAUUAACAUGUGUCUGCAGCACCUGGAUGUUUCUGUGCUGGGAGAGCUGGUUCCCAGGCUUUGUGAGUUACUCAAGAGUGGAGUUGGCCUGGGCACCAAGGGUGGCUGUGCUACUGUAAUUGUUUCCCUCACAGUGCAGUGCCCCCAAGACCUCACCCCAUACUCAGGUAAACUGAUGAGCGCCCUGCUGAAUGGCAUCCAUGACCGGAGCAGUGUGGUGCAGAAAGCCUACGCCUUUGCUCUGGGGCAUCUAGUCAGGACAGCAAAGGACAGCAGUGUAGAGAAACUACUACUGAAGCUCAGCACCUGGUACCUGGAGAAAGAGGAGCCAGUGUAUAAGUCAUCAUGUGCUCUGACGGUGCAUGCCAUCAGUCACUAUAGUCCUGAUGUCCUGAAGGGCCAUGCAGGGGUGGCACUGCCCUUGGCUUUCCUAGGCAUGCACCAGGCUCCAGGUCCUGAUGAGGAGAAGGGAGAGAGCCACGAUGCCACACUGUGGUCUGAGGUGUGGCAGGAGAAUGUCCCGGGGAGCUUCGGAGGCAUUAGGCUCUAUAUGACAGAGCUGAUCGCUAUUACACAGAAGGCACUGCAGUCCCAGUCCUGGAAGAUGAAGGCUCAAGGUGCAGCUGCCAUGGCAACUGUUGCCAAGGAACAGACGGGCUCGUUGGUGGCACCACACCUUGGCUUGGUGCUAACAGCUUUAAUGCAGGGAUUGUCUGGACGCACAUGGGCUGGCAAGGAGGAACUAUUGAAAGCCAUUGGAUCAGUGGUGUCCAAAUGCAGCGCGGAGCUGCAGAAGCCUUGCUCGGGCCAGCCCACCAUCUCUGAGGUGCUGGAGGUGGUGUUGAAGGAGUGCCGUAAGGAGAGCCUGGUUUACAAGAUGGCUGCCUUGCGCUGUGCUGGAGAUGUGCUCCACAGCAGCCAGGAGGACCGGUUCAGUGACAUGACUGACAUCCUCUUCCCUCUCAUCAAAAAAAACUGCCCAGAGAGCAGUGGUGCAUCUCCGAGGUCGCUGGACGACGAUGAUGAUGAUGAUGGAGAUGUGAAGGACAAAGAGCUGCGGACAGAAGCUUUGCUCUGUGCCUUUGAGACUCUUGGAAAGGCCUGGCCGAGGAACCCAGAGACCCAGGCCCGUUUCCAGGUGGAGGUUUGCUGUCUGAUGUGCGACAAGCUCAAGCUGAGCACCUGGAGAGUCCAGCUUGCUGUUUUACAGUCUAUGAAGGCAUACUUCCAGGGGUUAUUGCUGCUAGAGAAGGGUCAUCAAGACUUUGAUGCACUGUCCCAGAUCCUCACAGAGACCUGUGCUGCUCUCACAUACCCUCUAGAAAACAAGAGUUACUCGUCUGUGAGGACAGAAGCCCUGUCAGUUGUUGAGCUGUUGGUGAAAAGAACUGGAGAGAGCGAGCAGUGGGAGUGUGUGUCUGUGAAGAGCCGGGAGCAGCUCCAGCGUUCCCUGUCCACACUGCAGUCAGACAGCAGGCCUGACCUGAGGGAAAAGGCCCAGGAGCUGCGCAGACACAUCCAGAGCCAGCCUUGAGCACGCACACGCACGCACCCACACACACCUCGCCUAGCCAGCCAAAUACAUACACUCAUAAAACAAGCCAUUUCAGAGCACACAGGAACACAAUAUCAACUUAUUUCUACUUCUUUAAGAGGGGGAAAAAAACAUACAUAUACUAUUACACUCCACUGUCUGACCCCUUUUAUACAGCUGGUUUCUCUUCUACAGAUAUUCACUAAUCUGUCAUUUCAUAAUAUAAAUAUAUUACCUGCGGGCUUUGAAGCUGGCUUGUGCAAGAGAACUGCUCCAUUCAAGUGAAGUGACUGAUGUAAGCUGACAGCUGACAGAAAAAGAUCAUGUCUUGAAAAGACUACAGUAUCACGUCAACCUGCUCUGAGACAGUGAUGAGGAGCAAGGUGAAGACUAUUGUAACAUGUCAACAGUUUUAUUUGGUUCAUUCAGGUGGACACUAAUGAUAAUAAUAAUAAAUGCCAUAUAAACCAGUGUGUUGGGUUUGUGAACACUGUACACCUGUUUCCCCAAAUGGGGACUUUUACUACUGUUGUGGGUUUUCCUACUCAUUACAUAUAAGAGUAGCAGGCACUAGUUUGCUUUUUUUCUUGGAUGUGGACAUUCGUCCAGUACUCCACCACUACUGUUACAUGGGUGAAAGAGCACAUAUAUAGGCAAAUCCCACACAUUUAAAAUUCAGUGAUGAGGCAGUGGGGAAAAUAUUGAACCUGGACCUGGACCUCUCUUCCCAAUUACAAAGUGAAUGGGGUAUAAAACAGCCUAUUUUCACAAGUCUUGGAAAAGGAAACUGUGAAGUUGAAAGGGACACGUUAGUUCUUGUCUGAAUUUGUCCCCAAAUGAAAUAAAACUACCCUGUGAACUUUGA